AUGUUCUCAUUGUCAGACUUGCGAUCCUCUUUUACUGCGACGGAGCGUUCAUCUCGGACGUACACGACCAUCGAGGCCACCGCCUUGCACGAGUCCGUUCCUCCGGACCGCUGGUGCAUCACACGUUCGGACUUGAAGUACCUGGGACAGGAGGUGCGGAAGGCGAUCCAAAGUGGUAAAAUUCGUCCACCGGAUGAUGGAAGCGACGAUUUCCAGGCCUCUGACACGAGGUAUGGCCCAAGCAUCUACACGGUAACCAAGCAGCACAUCAUGCCCGUCACGGCGCAGUUUGGCAAGGUGAGCUGGGCUUUGCUGCAACAUCCAGAUGGUUUGGAUUGCGAUCUUUUCAUCAGCCAUGCAUGGCAAGAGGGUGUGUUCGAGUUCCUCUCGAAGGUCCUGCAUUCUUGGCCUGCAGAUGCGCGACAUGCCUGGUGCUGCAUGCUGGCCAACCCUCAGAAUUUGGACAUCGGUUCCCUGCUGCAGUCUCCAAGCAGCUCACCUUUUGCCCUGGUGGUCCUUCCCUUGCAUGGCGUGGCCCGACAUCUGGCACUGUCCCCCUACAUGAUGCAGCAUCUUCUUCUGGUCUCCGGCAUCUUGUUCUUCAAUUUGCUCGAG